AUGCUUCGAGUAACAACAGCCAUUGCUCUUCUAAUUGCCUCACAAACUUGCGCAGAUAAAUGCGACAAGACUAAAAUUGGCACUGAUUUCUACAAACGACAACUUAUUGCCACUAUCGACGGCUACCCUACAGGACUUGCUGUGGACCCACGGACUGAACACAUCUUCUUCAUCCUUCAUAAGAAAAAUUACACCAAAGGCCUUCAUCUCUUGAAACAUGGAUCAUUGGGAGUCAAGGAGAUAACGCUUUCUGACGACAUCGUAGCCCAGUGUGUAGGAAUAGAUCGCGAUAACAUAUAUUUUGGUACUAAUCAAGGACUUAUUGUGUACGACUACAACCAUGUAACAGAACGUGCGAUAGGAGAUGAUGACGUAAAAAGCAUCUUCAUAGAUAAAAACAACGAAAUGCUUAUAUCUAUUGGAACUAAUAGAGAGAUUUUCAAAUUUGUUAAUGGGUCAGCUGCUGUUAAACGAUUCGACAAAAUACCAAAAGCAUACAACUUUGUUUUAGAUACUAAAGGCAAUGUUUUCUACGAGUAUAUGGAUGGGAAAUUGUAUUUUUUAUCCAAUGACUUGUUCGAACCUGUUCAAUAUAAGGGAUUUAGCCGUGAGCUCAAAUAUGUGUUAAAGUUAAAUAAUAAUGAUGAAGCAAUCGUAGCAGUAAAGGGAUCUCUUUAUAAGUUAACUACUGAAAGUAUUUUGCCAAUUAAAAUUGGUCAUUUGGGAUUCAGAAUUACGGGUAUGGAGUUCGAUGCACGAAAUAAUAUAAUUGUAGGAACUAAAGGUAAAAUAUAUAGAUAUAAGCCGCUUGAUGGUAACGAUCCUUGUCCGUCUGAAGAUUACUUUAUGAGUAGUAUU